AUGGACCACCAAUGCACGACGAUCGGACAUUCUUGUGAUUGCUACGUCAGGGCACAAUUUCCAAGAAAUUCUGCUGUGACGCAGGAAAUGGUGCGCAUGAACGCCCCAAAGGUGCACAAUGAAUGGCGGCAAAAGAUGCGUGCAGCAAAAUUGGAAGAGCUCAAGGCCGAGGUCAAGGUCAUGAUGGAGAAUCAUGAGCACGCCAUCAAUUGCCGCGACUCCAUGGUACAGGGAUUGGACCAGGAGCUGGAGGAAGCUGAGGAGCACCACGUGCGCGCACACCAGGGGCAUGCCCGCUGCAUGGACACCCUCAUGCAGCUGCAUACCGCCCGAAUGGCGUUCAUCCAGCAGCAGUUUGACACAAACGUCAAGGCCUUACAGGCUGACUGUGGCAAGCAGAAUCAGGAGAUUCGCGCUGCGUUCUCAGCAGCCAAAACUGAGCUGGGCUCCAGGACAGCGGCAGCGCAGCAGCACUUUGACACUGUGCAAGCCGAUGCGCAGCUGACCUUCGAGACCGCCAAAGCUGAGGCUCGGAACGGGGAGAGCGAAGAAUACAACGUCCUCAAGCUCUCACUAGAAGCGCAGGUGUCAGAGAUCAGGAAACUGCUGCAAGAGGCGCAGGCAGCCUAUCAGAAGAACACGAGCGCCACAGCACAGGCAUACAAAGAGCUCAGUAAGUCCGAUGCGGAGACAUCUGCCACCAUUGCAACCAAGGCAGAGGUCCAAAGGGAUCUGGCAGAUGCACUGUCCCACUGGCGCUCCAGGGCUUUGGCUACUGCUCGCGAAUGGAGCGCCCGAAAUUCCGGCAUUGCAGCGGAGCGCGCAAGGCUUCAGAGGCAUCACAGCGUGCUGAGAGCUUCUUUGCGCAGCUUCCGUGCGGAGCAGAGGGGCCGUUUGCUACUGCUGUGCAAGCAGAGGUAA